ACACCCUCUGUUUUCCUCCUUUUCCUCUCUCUCUGCACCACCCUUCUCUCUUCUACUUUGCCUCUAGUCAGUUUUAAUCUUCUUUUUGGUUCUUGAGACGAAGAACACAUCAAAUAGGAGAGGUGGCCAUUGAUGGAGGGAAAUCAACCUCGUCUUGCACAGAAGUCCAGCAGCUUCACCGCCAGUCGCGAUGAGAAGCAUCACGAGAUCGACCGCAACCUCUCCCUGGGAUCCUUAAAGCUGGAGCAGUAUGGGAAGAGAGUGACGCAUGGUGUGGACACGAUAGAAGAGGAGGAAACCGAGGAGAAGCCCAUAGCAGGCAAUGCUGAGGAGCCGCAAGCCAGCUUCUUCUUCAUCUCCGAGAACAUCGAUGUAUUCCUCACCGUUCUUCUCUCUGUUGAAGAAGACGGCCGAGAUGAGAGCCGCGAGCCGCCGGACAUCCCUGAACCCACCGUCGAACGGUUCGUCACUUUGUUGGAGAAGGAGAUCGGUAGGUACGAAAGCGGCGAGGCUAAAUGGUGCUCCGACAAUGACGAAUUCCCUCUUCUUGAUGCGAUCGGCAGGGUGUCGAAGCUGACGGUGGCGGUGACGAGGUUCUCGUCGGACACCAGGUAUAACCAGGCGAUGAACCGAGCCGGCGGCGUUCUCCACCACGCCAUGUGCUUCCUCGAAGACGAGUUCCACUCAUUGCUUCAAGAUCCCAGAGCAAAGCAUGAUGCCGGCAGCAUCAGCUUGAAGGCCAAGCGGCAGCCGUCGUUUAGCCUCAAUCACGAUCCCGACCGCAGUGUACGGCCCUCGUCGGAGUCCAUUUCCGGCGAGUCUCGGCCGCCGUAUCCACCGGAGACCGUGGAGAGGCUGCACGGGAUCGCGGACGCCAUGAUCUCCGCCGGGUAUGACAUCGAGUGCUGUCAGUUGUUCGCCAUCGCUCGGCACAAUGCCUUCGAGGCGGGUUUGCCGAGCCUCGGCUUCGACAAGGUCAGCAUCGAAGACGUGCUCAAGAGGGCUUGGGAUUCGCUGCAAAGCGAGAUCGCGACGUGGAUCAAGGCCUUCCGCCACACCAUCACGGCUUCCUUCGCCGCAGAGCGCGACCUCUGCGAGGCCGUGUUCGCCGGUCACCCCGCCGUCUCCGAUCGCCUGUUUCGCCGCUUCGCCCGUGGCGCCACCGUCCAGCUCAUCACCUUCGCGGAGGCCGUCUCCAUGACCAAACGCUCGGCCGAGAAGCUCUUUAAAGUGCUCGACAUCUACGAGGCCUUGCGCGACGUGACGCCGGCCGUGGACGCCCUGCUACCGGAGGGGGCCGAGCAGGACGAGUCCUCCAUUAUCGCGGACCCCAAGGCGGAGAUCGCCUCGGUGCGGUGUCGUCUUGGGGAGGCCGCCGUCGGCAUCUUCUGCGACCUUGAGAGCUCGAUAAAGGCCGACAGCAGCAAGACCCCUGUGCCGGGCGGCGCAGUCCACCCUCUCACUCGCUACGUCAUGAACUACCUUAAGUACGCCUGCGAGUACAAGAACACGUUGGAGCAGGUCUUCAAAGAGCACAAACAUUCCGAGAAGACAUCAUCCUGUGCGGCGGACGGCGAGGCUGCUCGGGGAGGCGGCAAUGGCCGGAACGGUAGCAACGGCGAGGGCCAUAAUCCAUUCGCAGCUCAAUUAAUGGAGGCGAUGAACUUGCUGCACUCGAACCUGGAGUCGAAAUCAAGGCUCUACAAGGAUCAAGCGCUGUGCAACAUCUUCCUGAUGAACAACGGGAGGUACAUCGCGAAGAAGGUCAAGGGGUCGCCAGAGAUCCAUCAGCUGCUGGGGGAGACGUGGUACCGGAAGCGGUCGUCGGAGUUGCGGCAGUACCACAAGAACUACCAGCGGGAGACGUGGUCGAGGGUGCUGGCCUGCCUGCGAGACGAUGGACUGCAGGCCAAGGGUAGCGUCGCGAAGCCGGUGCUCAAGGAGCGGUUCAAGAGCUUCAACGCCAUGAUCGAGGAGACCCACAAGGCACAGAGCUCGUGGGUGGUGAGCGACGAGCAGCUGCAGUCGGAGCUGAGGGUGUCGGUGUCGGCAGUGGUGGUGCCCGCCUACCGCUCCUUCCUGGGCAGGUUCUCGCAGUACCUCGACCCGGGGCGGCAGACCGAGAAGUACAUCAAGUUCGGCCCGGAUGACCUCGAGACCUUGAUCGACGAGCUCUUCGACGGCAACCCUUCUUCCACCGCAAGCAAGAGGAGGCCAUGA